GAGAAUGUUCUGAAGUGAUAAAACCCUGCUCUUCUACUAUCAUUUCAGAGAGUGUCCAUGAGUGUUUAAAGCUUCUCUCUUGACUUUUGCAACUCACAGACACAAUGGUGAAGAAAAGGCAAUGCUCAAAUGACAGCAUUUUUCGUUUUGAAAGUCUAAGCAGCCACAAGACUCUAAGCGAGGAGCUAAGUCCAGCAGACAGCCCUGACUCUGUGUUUCUGAGUUCAGAGGCUGAAAAUGGUGUGGAAGAGAAAAAGAAGGCUGGCAAGUCACCAAUACUACAUACGCCAACAUCUCCUGACAUAGAAUCAUUGGACCAGAGAAAAAUCGCUUUCUUAAGGUCAAAGACCAGUAGUGAUGGCCUCUCCUUAGUGAGUGACAGUAGGAGUGAUUCUAAAACUGACAACAAAAAUGACUGUAAGGCUGAAAGGAAAAAGUCACACUCUACAAGUCAGUGUAAAGCAAAUAUGCACUUUCACAAGUUAUUUCCGGAAGUCCCAAGUGAAGAACCCCUGAAACAAAGUUUUACUUGUGCUCUGCAGAAGGAAAUACUGUACCAAGGAAAACUGUUUAUAUCAGAAAACUGGAUUUGUUUCUAUUCCAAAGUCUUUGGCAAAGACACCAAGAUCUGUAUUCCAGCUGUCUCAGUGACUCUAAUAAAGAAAACCAAAACAGCCCUGUUGGUGCCAAAUGCUCUGAUUAUUUCAACAGUCACAGAAAGGUACAUAUUCGUUUCCUUGCUCUCCAGAGACACAACAUACAAGUUAAUAAAAUCAGUAUGCAGACACCUAGAAAAUGCAAGUGUGGGCAACAGCCCCAACCCUUCAUCUCCUGAAAACAGUUUCCGGGCUGAUCGUCCUUCAUCUUUGCCUCUGGAUUUCAAUGAUGAUUUCUCAGAUUUAGAUGGAAUGGUUCAGCAAAGAAGGCAAGCAAUGAAUGAAUACAGCAGCUCUGGAUCUCAGACACCUGAAUCUGAAAAUUCUCAAGAUUUUCAUGUGAUGGAGCCCCAGACAGUUCUGAAAGUUAUUAAGGGAGAAACAAAGUCAGUUCAUACAGAAUCUCUUGUGAAUUGUGUGCCUAAAGGAAAAGCCAAGAGUCUUCCAGGAUACAGUCAGUCAGGAGCCUUUGGAUUCUUCCAUAAAUUAAGGUUCCAGAAAUGUCUGACACUCCGCCACAUUCUCAUAUUCUAUGCAGUCGUUGUCUGUGCACUUAUCUUUUCUACCUUCUACAUGAGACACAGAAUCAAUGCUCUGGAGGAACGGCUUAGAUCAAUAGCCUCUGUGGUUGAUUCUCAUGAACAAAAAGCACCACAUUCUUUGGGAUCACAAUUGGAAGUCAACACUGAGACCCUCUGUACAGAGUUAACAGACAACAUAAUAAAAUUAGAAAAGCAGUGAAUUCUUCUUCCCUAGGAAAUCACAGAGCCCAGAUACAAAACAACUUACAAAGGCUACUGGAGAAUGGUGACUGACUUACCUGAUUGCUUGGGGCCAACUUAAUGCUACUCUUUUAAGAAGCCACUCUACUGCUUGUGGAGGGCACUCUGCUGGACAGAGACACUGAUUAAUUGGAAUCCAAAGCCACUUUUGCACUUUACAGUUGCUGUCUAAGAAAGAUGGGAAGUGAUUUGGUUAUUGUGCAAUAAAUGUUAACAUUGACUCUGAGGGUCUCUUCACUGCUGCAUCAUGGAGAGAAUGGAUCUCAUUUCCUUGGGUAUAUCAAAAGAGACUGUUGGAUACAAGUAUGCCUUUGGGUUUGGAUGACUGAGGUUCAACGGUGAUUGCAACAUCAGCAAACAUGCUCCACUCUGUUUUACUUCUUCCUUUCCACACUUCCUUCAGCCCUUAAAACUCCUCAUCUUCAACCUUAAAAUUAGGUAAUAAGUUUAGAGUUGUCCAAAAAUAAAAGGGACUGCCUCAUUAAAAAAAUAAAUAAUUCCCCAUAGCUGGAGGUAUGCAAAUACAGACUGGAUCCAUGAUUUGCAUAAGGAUUGGAAUAGAUUACCUCUUAACUUCCUUCCAUUGCUCAUGUCCUGUGAUUCUUUUUAAAGUGCCUAAUGGGUGCCCCAGUGAAUUCAUUAAGGUAUAUUAAAAAAAAUCCCUAACUGUAAAUGAUGCUGAAUAUACAAAACAAGCUUCAAACAGAUAACUAACUGUUUUCUACUCUUUCUCUAUCCUGUUUUGAAUAAGCUGUGCAUUUCAGUUUCUCAAUAGGGUGUCAAUAAUAACAGGCAAAGUGGAUUUAAGCACUCAGAUAGAUUUUUCUUUUAGCUAAUAUCUAUUUCUAAGUGAUUUUUCCCUAAGCAGGGUGUGGUACUGGAGCCCUAAAUUAAAACUUGCCUUGAGAACCUAACUAAUUUUUUUUAAAAAGCAUGACAGUGAUUCUUGCACAGAAUAUAAAACAUUGAAGGUAAUUUUGGAUUUAAUACAAAAAUCCAUUUCACCAGAUAAUAAUGGACUUUUCUUCUUUGUCAUGUGAAAUUAAGAAAAUGUUGGUGGUUUAAUAUCUUCUAUUUACCAAGUGUUCAUUAUGUAUCAUAAGAUCUAUAAGUAUAAAAUAUUCUAUUUGUAAAACACACUUUAUAAUCAUUUCUAUGAAAUGUAUUUUAUUGUUAAAUCAAAUAAGCUAAUAAUAAAAUGAGUUGUUUACCUCA